AUGGCAUCCAAGACAAAGCAGAUGAAACAAGACUCCAUGCGUGCUGGGAAAAAUAAGCAAGGAGUAAGAACCAAGAAUGGAGAUAUAUCCAAAGGAAUAAGUGACAUGGAAAUACUUGUCAAAGAGAGGAAAUUGUACUUGCAGAAGGAAUACAAGAUUCUCACUGAACAGAUGAACACAUACAUGGGAAGAGUGGAGCAUUUCCUGCAGGAAAAUAAAUUCCUAGAAAAGGAAGCCCAACGGAAUCAGGAAGAGAGCAACGCUUACCUCUCUUACAUAACAAAACACAGCCAGAAGUGCCAGAAUCUGAUAAUAACAUUAAAUGACCAGAAUCACACCGAUCUGUCUCAAGUCUGGACGCAGAAAGAGAAGCUAAUCUCAGAGUAUACAGAAAAAGAGAAGGAGGUAAGGAGCUCUCUGAUGAAUAUGGAGACAAAGUACGCUCUUAUGAACAAGGAGGUUGAAGACCUGCAGCCUUUCAAAGAUCCAUCUGUUCAGCUGGAACAGAUGAAAAAGAUUAAAGAGCUGGAGAAGGAAUUGUUGGUCACAAAGAUACAGCAUUCAGAUGAAAUGCACAAAAUCAAGAGCAGAUUUCUGCAGGCCAAGGCUGACUGUGAGAAGGACUUUCAUCAGAAGAUCCAAGUUCUCGCCAAGAGAGCAGAAGCAGCAGCGAUACAAUCUCUAAUUCAGCAUAUCAAACAAGUAAAAGCAGAGAACUGGCGUCUGCGCAAGGAAUUGCUCAGACUCAUCCAAUACUCAAAAAUCCUUAAAGAAACCAAAGUUCAACUGAGAGAGCAGAGGCAGCAGCUUCUUUGGGAGAACCAAUACACUCGGGACAUGGCACACAUGCGCCACUGGUUACACCAGCAUGAGGCACACAAUGCAAAUGGCGAAACCUAUGGCUGUCACAGCCCGUUCAGAUGUGUCCAUUAACCUAAAAACACCCUUCUCCACUCCUCACU